GUACGACGACGCGCACAAGCACAGGCCCAACAGCAGCAGCAACAGCAAUAUAAUCUGGAAAAUGCACGUUCUUACUGCACGAGCGAGCCGCGUCUCAGCGAAACGGAAACGCCGCCGCAAAGACGCAAAUUAUCGCAACGAAGACCACAACAGCAUGCACAGCGAAAAUCAAAUGCGUUCCUCGAUGUGCCCGCAAUGCAUCAUUUGCGUGUCAGCGACGAUGAUGAAGAUCUGGAUCGUUUGCGCACAUUCAGUGCUUCCAAGGGCGGCGUCAUCAAUCGAGGCGAUUCGUUUCGACGUCGCCGCUCGCGCAGCAACAGUUUGGCACCGGUGAGCCCCAUACACCCGCGUCUGGGUGGCGGUGGCGGCAUAGGCGGCAGUGUUGGUGGUGGCAUUAAUGGCGAUUACACGGGCGCACAGGAUGAACCGCAACAACAACAGCCGGUCGAAGUGUUUCGCGUAGAAAUGCUCGGUGCAUCUGGCGUUGGCAAACAGGCGUUGAUCCAGCAAUUUCGAACGUCAGACUGCAUUAAUGCAUACGAUGGACCAGAAUGCGAUGUUGCGGAGCAGAAUAUUUCUAUAAUUCUAAAUGGCAUCGAAUCGGAAUUGAAGUUCUCUACGGGACAACAGGAUAACAAGGAUGAAUUGGAAAAGGCUGAUGCUUUUCUCGUAAUCUACUCUUGCAUUGACAAGGAGUCAUUCACACGCGCCAAACAUAUACUAUCACGACUGCAGGAUAUGGAUUUGAUACGCACACGUCCGAUCAUUUUGGUGGCGAACAAAAUUGAUUUGGCACGUUCGCGUGCGGUUUCCUCACAAGAUGGCAAAUGCGUCGCAUGUACUUUUGGCGCCAAAUUCAUUGAAGUCUCGGCGGGCAUCAAUCAUAAUUGCGACGACUUAUUGGCUGGCACUUUGACACAAAUUCGUCUCAAAAAGGAUCAAAACUUAUUGCAUAAUCCAGAUGGUACUUCACGUACUGGUUCUAAGAAAUCCAAAGACAAGCAUAAAGAUAAAGACAGUAAUAAAAUUAAAGAAAAAGAAAAGGUUAUAGACAAGGCGCUAGAGCACAAUGGCGCUGAUUGUGUAAAUGAAAAAAAUUCUGAAAAUUUGGGCAAUCGAGAUGGUGCCUCCUCGCCGGCGCACUGGUAUAAAAGCCGCAGCGUGGUAUUGGCCAGCAUGAAGGCGCGCCAAAUGCUCACCUGGAUACUGGGCAAAGAGGAUUCGAAAUUUAAAAAUUGCGAGAAUCUACAAGUGCUCUAAAAAGCAAUGAAACGGAGCGGGUGAGAAGAUCUUAACGAGAUAAAAGUGAGAAGAAACAAAAAAGAGUAAACUUAAUCAAAAACUGGACUGUCUGAGCAAAGUGAAGUAUAUGGGUACUAUAACGGGGCACAUGUGUGUAUAUAAAAUGAAUAUGUGUAAAUGUAGAUAAAGCAUUUCAUAUUGUUUAUAUACCUAUAUUACAUAAUAUAUGUAUAAGGUUACUAAACUACAUAAACUAUAUAUGUAACUAGCUAGAUGUAUUGAACUUAACUACAUAUGUACAAUAUAUAUAUAUAUUUAUAGAUGUGUAUAUAGAAAUAUAUAUUUACUCCGAAUUUGUGAGUUUAGGUUAGGUGUGACAUGAAUCAAUAUUCUUAUACCGAGAUAUAUAGUUGUAGGUGUAGGUAACUCUGUAUGUAUUUGCUCCAUAAAUUUAAAUGAUGUUCUUUUUUCAAGCGAUAAAAUCAAAUAAAAAUUAUAUGGCAACAAUUUUAUAGUAGCUGAACGAAACAAGGCAAAGCAAAGCUCUUUCCUGACCAAAAGCUGGCGAGCAUGCGCUUUAGCGUUCAAACCAAUUACCUACAAAAUGAAACGUAGCACUUUCAGAAAUACCGGUUUCGUUUUAAAUUUAACUAAACAAUUGUUGAGAGAAUUGUCCAAUGUGUAUUUGUAAAAUAUAGUAAACAAAAUUAUGUACA